AUGUCGUCGGCUCUCAACGCGAUUCGACGCAAGAAGAAUGUCAAGAAGGGAAUUCAGUUCUGUCUGAUGGUCUGCGGUGCCAGCGGUACUGGUCGCACAACCUUCGUCAACACUCUCUGUGGGAAACAAGUGCUGGAGGGCAAGGAUGCCGAUGAUGCUGCCAACGCUCACAUUGAGGAGGGCGUCCGCAUCAAGCCCGUCACCGUGGAGCUUGAAUUGGAUGAAGAGGGCACUCGUAUCUCCCUGACCAUCGUCGACACCCCCGGUUUCGGUGACCAAAUUGACAACGAGGCCAGCUUUGGCGAGAUUGUUGGCUACCUUGAGCGCCAAUACGAUGAUAUUCUUGCAGAGGAGUCCCGGAUCAAGCGUAACCCCCGUUUCAGGGACAACCGCGUUCACGUUCUUCUCUACUUCAUCACACCCACUGGCCACGGCCUCCGCGAGCUCGACAUCGAAUUGAUGAAGCGCUUGUCUCCCCGUGUUAAUGUCAUUCCCGUCAUCGGCAAGGCCGACUCCCUCACCCCCGCAGAAUUGGCCGAGUCGAAGAAGUUGAUUAUGGAGGAUAUUGAGCACUACCGCAUUCCCGUCUACAACUUCCCCUACGACAUUGAGGAGGAUGAUGAGGACACCGUUGAGGAGAACGCCGAGCUCCGGGGACUGAUGCCCUUCGCCAUCGUUGGCUCAGAGGACUUUGUCGAGAUCGACAACCGAAAAGUGCGCGCCCGACAGUACCCGUGGGGUGUGGUGGAGGUUGAGAACCCUCGACACUCCGACUUCCUGGCCAUCCGUAGCGCCUUGCUCCACAGCCACUUGGCUGAUCUGAAGGAAAUCACCCACGACUUCCUUUACGAGAACUACCGUACCGAGAAGCUCAGCAAGAGCGUCGACGGUGCUACUUCUGCUCAAGAUUCCACCAUGAACCCCGAGGACCUCGCCUCUCAAUCCGUCCGCCUCAAGGAGGAGCAGCUCCGCCGCGAGGAGGAGAAGCUGCGCGAGAUCGAAAUCAAGGUGCAGCGCGAGAUUGCCGAGAAGCGACAGGAACUGCUGGCCCGGGAGAGCCAGCUCAGAGAGAUCGAGGCUCGCAUGGCCCGCGAGGCAAGCCAGGGCAAUGUCAGCGAAGCCAAUGUGGAGGCUUAG